UUUCCAUGGAAACAUAAAAGUCAGGUGGAAAGUUUGAUUUUGUGGUCAAGUGUCAUACAUCUAAUGUAAUAAUGAGUACGCCUCGACGAUAUUCGAAAGAAAAACGAAAUUCCGGCAGGAAAUCGUUUACGAGCGGAAUUGGCCGCUUGUCCGAAAUCGAGAUACAAGAAAUGCAAAAAAUUCUUGAAAGACAAGAGGAAGAUCUAGUGGUUUAUGCGGUACGAGAAGAGCUCAUGACUAGAGUGAUGAAUGAAUGUUACAAAUCUUACAUAGAAAAACAAAGCGUUAAACUUAUGGUUCAUUGUGCCCACAGGGCACUGGUACAACUGGUAAACUUUGGGUGUUUCAACCACGAUCCCGGAAGCCCCUUCUAUGAGAAUCAUCCAGCUUGGUCAGCUGAUUCGCCACCGAGACCCUCACCUGUGGACAAUUGGGCGGCUGGAACCAUACCCGUUUUACCAAAGCCCAUACCUCCAUUACUACCCAGCUCGCAUUCUGAGAAUGACCUGGAUAAGUCCGUGGUUAUGGUUGAUACCCGCUCAAAUAUUUUUGGUGCGACACCUUCCUCGUCUCCCAAACUCGAGGUUCUCUACUACAACGCGACUACAGCAGAUACACCACAAGAAACAACCGAAGUGCCAGACUAUACAACUAGUACCGAUCUCCUAGUCCCCCACGUUUCCCAAGUGUCCAAUACGGAAGGGGAAACAACGCUUCAUCUAAAACAAGAGUUAAGCAUCUUCACCCUCACUACGGAAAUGGGCCCGGAAACUCUGCCCCAUUCGACAAAAUCGGGCCGUUCCAAGCUGAAGGGCCUGGAUUUUCGAAGCGAACCGCACAGGCAAUUUAAGGGUGCCUUGCGAGGCACUCUAGUGCCCAAGCUGACUCCCGACCAAUAUUCGUCGUUGCGAAAAGAAAUGAAAUGCAGAAAGGUGAAGACGCCCUCUGAUAUGGAAGAGAGUGAAGAGCAGAAGAUGAUGUAGGUCGAAGUUUAUCAGUGUAUUCCCAUUGUAAAACUCAUUUGGCAAAAAUCGUUAAUGAUAACCUCAUAUCCAGUUUGUGCCGGAUUUUGUUUUUUACUGAGUCGCUAUCUCCUGCUAUCUCAAUGGGAAAAAAAAAUCCGUAGGCCAUUUUACUAUGAAAGUACUAUUUAAUUUAGCUAAAGUUAUACACGAAAUAAAUGUCA